AUGUCGAAUCAUUCGUGUUGGCCAAGUUCUCAAAGCUGGAAACGUUAUUGGCCGACGGGUAUCGUUGCUGUAAUUGGUGUCGUUCAAACAUUUUUUUCGUUCGCUGCUGUCGCACUUCAUGUUGCCAUUGUUUUAAUUGGUAUAGUUAGCCUUUGCAGUAAUUAUGCAGCAUGGUAUGUUAUGGGCUUUGUUUGCUGGGCCUUUUUUUUGACAAGCUGGAUAUCGGUCUUCUGCGUCACUUGUUGUAAUCGAUCAUCUGUUCGUUGCGCAACACAUACGAUGAUAGAAAAUAUCCUUGCAUUUAUCUUUUCAGCUGUACUCAUUGAUUUUGAUCCUCCUCAUGGUACAAUGUUCAAGAUACGAGUGACAGUGACACCAAGUUAA